AUAGGAUACGGUUUCGUUGACUUUGAAUCUCCGAUCGCCGCCGAAAAUGCCGUCAAAAACCUGCAGACUCAAGGAGUUCAGGCACAGAUGGCUAAGCAACAAGAACAGGACCCCACGAAUCUAUACAUCGCAAACCUGCCGCCAUACAUGACAGAGACGGAACUGGAGUCCAUGCUGGCCCCCUAUGGCACCGUCAUCUCCACCAGAAUCCUGCGCGACGCUAAUAUGCAGCCCCGGGGGGUCGGAUUCGCCCGUAUGGAAAGCAAAGAGAAAUGCGAGUCAAUCAUCACUAUAUUCAAUGGGAAACUCCUUCCGAGUUGUAAAGAGGCUCUACUCGUGAAGUUCGCCGACGGGGGCAACAAAAAGAAGACCCAAUUCAAAGGCCAGGACUCGCGCUGGAGGGACGGCGAGCCCCUACCCAUCGCCUACGACUCGUCCGCACUGAGUCAGAACGGUGUGACCGCGCAGAUGAUACCGUCGGCGGCGAUGGGCGCCUAUCAGCGCCAGUACUCGACGCCCGUGUCGGCGGCCUACCCGACGGCCCUACAGACGAACCCAUGGAUGCACCCGCAGGCGGCCACCCAAUACAUAGUGCAGCCACACAUGGCGCAGAUGAUACCCUCGGGCCUGGACCCCAAUACGCUGCACUUCAGCACAUUGAUGCCUCAGCUGACCGCCCAGAUGUCGCAGAUACAGCUGUCGGGCGUGUCGGGCGCCUCCUACGUGACGGGCAGCCCGCACGGGUACGGCACGCAAGCCCUCUACCCGACGCAGCUGAUCCAGACGGUCCCGAUGGGCGGUGACGACCCCUCCAAUCCCAACCAUUCGGUGAGCAGCGGGUCGGCCUCCGGCGAGGAUCAGCACUCGUUUCAAAUGUACAAUCAGUCGAAA